AUGAUCUCUACUCUAAUAAAUCAACUUAGAGACCAUUGUCAUUCAAAUUGCACUCCCCAGGACUGUGAUAUCCUGACGCAGGGGGCGGGUUAUGCGCUGAACACGCCAAAGGACGGAAUAUUCCUCUUCACGUCUCUGGGCAUGCGUGUUCGUCUCUCUGUAUAUCCAGCAAUCGUCCCGCUUGGGUAUAGUGGCCUUUUCUGGAUUUGCUAUAUAUUCAACUUUUCUCCUCCUUUUCUUUUCCUUCUCCCAACUCUCCCUCCUCUCCUCACGCUUCUUAUCCAUCUCCUCUCCACCAACUCCUCCAUCAACUCCUCCAUCAACUCCUCCAUCAACUCCUCCAUCAACUCCUCCAUCAACUCCUCCAUCAACUCCUCCAUCAACUCCUCCAUCAACUCUUUCAUCAACUCUUCUAUCAACCCAUCAUUCAUCUGCUUGUGUCUCCACCUCAUCAAGCUCUUGAGACUUUUAUCACUUGAUCUCAAACCACUUCUCCCAUUUAUCUCCAUGAUGCUUUUCCCUGGGCUUUGUGACAUCGCACUGGUGCCAUCCUCCCAGUAA